AUGCGCUCAAUAUACUAUCUUUCGAUUUUGCCUGUUUUCUCUGCAUUCGCAGCUGCCAAAUGCGACGAUAGUAAAGCGGCAAAGAAAGCGUUUGACCCGAAGUCGCUUACACUCAGAGAAGUUGGAGCCCGCAAUACAGUGGAUUGGCGUGUUUGGCUUGAGCAGGACGGCAAUCCGAUUUCCUUCUGGCACGACGUUCCUCUCUAUCCUGACGAGAAGAACAACAACAUCGUCAAUAUCUACGUAGAGAUCCCGCGAUGGACAGACGCCAAGAUUGAGACAAAGCGUAACAAACCUUUGAACCCUAUUUAUCACGAUGACAAAGAUGAUGUUCCUCGAUAUGUAGCCAGCGUUUGGCCACAUAAAUCCUACCCUUUUCUUUACGGCUCACUUCCCCAGACCUGGGAGAACUCUAACAUUAAGCAUAAUUUUACUGGGUACCCUGGCGAUAAUGAUCCGAUGGACGUGGUGGAUAUAAGCGCAAUUGACCCCGGAUACGUCGGUCAAGUCAGAACGGUCAAGAUUUUGGGUGGAAUACCUAUGAUUGAUGACAAAACCACGGAUUGGAAGAUCAUUGGCAUUAACGUUAACGAUCCUCUAUCCAAAGCGGUCGAUACCAUCGACGAUCUCGAGAAAUAUCGACCUGGCCUCAAGCAAACCUUUUAUGACUGGUUCGUUUACUACAAACUUUUUCGAAGUGGCAGCCUCAACACUAUAUUCGAAAACAAAUACCAAGAUUCCAACACGGCACGCGGCAUUGUUGGCGAAAGCCACGGUUUCUGGAAAUAUCUCAUUAGUGGUAAGGAAGAUCCCGGGCAGAUUAGCAUUUCGCAGACUUCGCAGGCAAGCGUUUGCAACAGCUAUAUCGCGAGUAAAGAUGCAACCAAGGAGUUUGACCUGCCGAAGAAGUCCAAGAUUGAACCCGCGGCACAGAGGCCCGCAAAGCAUGAUAAGUGGUAUUAUAUAGAUGAGAAUUUUCGGAUACUGCCGGAGCAGGUUAUUGAUGUAGACUAA